GGCCGCAGCCCUGGCACGGGAACCAAAGGGAAAACAAUCGUGCCGGAGGCAGCCUCGCCGAAUCUCUCACAACACACUCACCCGAAGCGGCCUUUUAAUUUUCGGACGGAUCGUUUAUUUUUCUAAGUUCAACAUGACUUCAAUCGGCGUACGACAGCAGAAACUCGAACAGCAGCGUCAGUUGCUUGAGCAGAAAAUGAGACAAAAACGACAACUCUUUGGAACAGUCCAUGCUUCAGACAUCACAAGCGCCUCUUUGGUGAAAGCAAGAUCUAUGAAUCCUUCAUCAGCAUCAAGGGACAGAGAAUUACACGGCUAUGAUGGACCACUCCAAUUCACGAUGGUUCACGGAAAUCCUGAUGCAAGUGAGAUGUCAAUUUCAUUUCCCGAUACAGUUUCUCAAGGAAGUGAUGAUAACAACAUGAGUGAUGAUUUAGAUAUUGAGGAUACUGAAUCUUCUCCUGUGACUCCACAGACACCAUCAGAAGGUUUUGGAUCUAGCGGAGUAAUAGCCCCUGAACCCAACGUUACAUCUCCAUUUAUAUACAACACAAUUAAUAUGAAUCAAAAUAUUGAGACGACAGAUUUUGAGGGAGACAUUGUGGGAAAUCUGGAAAAAUUUGUUUUGGAGUCGGCUCCACAGCAAAUUCAAUACAAAUGCAGGAUAACUCGAGAUAGAAAAGGAAUGGAUAGAGGACUGUAUCCAACGUAUUUUUUACACCUUGAGAGAGAGUUUGGAAAAAAAAUAUUUCUACUUGCUGGGAGAAAGCGGAAAAAGAGUACAACAAGUAAUUAUUUGAUUUCAACCGAUCCUACUGAUUUAUCUCGUGGUGGUGAAGCUUUUAUUGGAAAACUUAGAUCCAAUCUCCUUGGCACACAGUUCACAGUGUAUGACAACGGGAGAUCGCCGAAAUCGAUCAAUUCAAAGGAUCAAGUCCGACCAAGACAGGAACUUGCUGCGGUAGUUUAUGAUACAAACGUCCUCGGCUUCAAGGGUCCAAGGAAAAUGACAGUCAUUUUACCAGGGAUGACAGCUAAUAACCAACGACUUCAAAUUACUCCAUCGGAUGAAACAGAAAGUCUUCUUGAAUGCUAUAGAUCAAAAAUUAUGGACAAUUUGAUACAACUCCAUAAUAAGACUCCAGUGUGGAACGACGACACUCAGUCAUACGUACUGAAUUUUCACGGCAGAGUUACUCAAGCCUCUGUUAAAAAUUUCCAAAUUGUUCACGACUCAGAUGUUGACUAUGUGGUGAUGUCUUUUGGAAGGAUAGCUGAAGAUGUCUUCACAAUGGAUUACCGUUAUCCUAUGUGUGCACUACAGGCGUUUGCUAUUGCACUCAGUAGUUUCGAUAGUAAACUGGCAUGCGAAUAAGUAUUCGAUUUACCGUUUACGCCAUUUGCACAAAAUCACAUUUUUUCUUUGUUGGUUUUACUUGUGGGUUUGGUUUUAGUUACAUUCGUGUAUAUUUAAACGUCGUUAGUUCAUAUUGUUAAUUAUAUAAUAUUAAGAGUUUCAUUGCAUUUUGGUUAUGCAAUAUGUGUUUCACCGGGUUGAUACUAAAAUUUCUACAAAUGUUUUUGACUCGAGAGGUUGAAUAAAAAGAAGAAAAAAAAGAUCAUUUCUAUACUUCAACAUUUCUAUAAUGAAAUGUGAACGUAUUAAAUCAUGUGUAAUCGUCCAAUCACAAUAUAAAUGUACAAUUUAAUUAGACUCCUGUCUAUAAAUACACGGUUAUGUGCCUUCAAUGUUAAUUAGAUUUUUAAUGACAUCUCAAGAAAAUUUAGAUCUAAAUCGGCCAGAUAAUUUCUGACUCAUUGUGUUCAUAAAAGUCAACAAAAUCAAGAAAUAUUGAAUUGUACUAAUAAAAAAAAACUUUUCUGCCAUUUUAUUUUGAGCUAGGGAUUUUUCUGUGAUUAUUUCAAAAAGCUUUAAUAAUAAUAAAAAACAAUAGUACAAUAAAUUUGUAUUUAAUUGAUGCUAAACUAGACAAUGAAUAAAAUAAGUUUAUCUUUGUUUUAGAAUAGAUAUAUUUCAGAUGUUAGCCUACAGUGGUAAUAUUUUUAAUUUUUUUUAGUGUAGUACGGUCUAUGUUGCUGGUUGCUCAUGGUCUUAUUUAAGUCAUGAUCUUAUGUAUUUAAAACAGAAAUAAUUGAUAAAUUUGAAGUCUUAAAUAUUCCCAAAAAAUGUAAAAAUAAAUAAAACCA